AUGGAUUCCGUUGGCAUGGAUUCUCCGCCCCACUUGGUCCAGAUCUCUCAGGAGUAUCACCACCACCACAACAACGACAUAAUUUCCCUUCACUACAACUACACGGGGAAGCUCCACAAUAGCAAAUACAGGGGGAGCCUCCAAGCCCACGCCGUGGUCUUCCUGGCGGUGUGUGCCCUCAUCGUGGCCGAAAACCUGGUGGUCCUGCUGGCCAUAUGGAGGAACAAGAAGUUCCAUUCGCCCAUGUACUACCUGCUGGGGAAUCUGACCCUGUCGGACCUGCUAGCCGGAGUCGCCUACGCCGCCAAUAUCGUCCUGUCCGGGCCCGGCACCCUCCGGCUGACCACCGUCCAGUGGUUCCUGCGUGAAGGGGGGGUCUUUGUCACCCUCACCGCCUCGGUCCUUGGCCUCUUUGCCAUUGCCGUGGAGAGACACAUCACCAUGACCCGCAUGCGAGUCUCCCGCGGGAACAAAAAACGGCGCACGCUCCUGCUGGUGGGGGCCAGCUGGGGGGCCGCCGUCCUGCUCGGGGCCCUGCCCCUCCUGGGCUGGAACUGCCUCGGCCGCCUCCCCGAGUGCUCCACGGUGCUGCCGCUCUACUCCAAGCGCUACGUGGUCUUCUGCAUCGCAGUUUUCCUGGCCGUCCUCGUCUCCGUGGUGGCACUGUAUGCCCGGGUUUAUUGCAUGGUCAAGUUCAGCGGGCAGCGCUCGAGCCGCCUUCGCGAGGGGGUGCUCCGGAAACCCGAGAAGUACCUGUCCGUGCUGAGGACCGUGACCGCCGUGGUGGGCACCUUCAUUGCCUGCUGGCUGCCCCUCUUCCUCCUCUUACUGCUGGACGUCACGUGCCAGGCCCAAGCCUGCAGCCUGCUCUAUAAAGCAGAUUAUUUCCUGGCCUUGGCGAUGAUCAACUCUCUGCUCAACCCUGUCGUUUAUACCCUGACCAGCAAGGACCUGCGGCGGGCCAUCUUCCGGUUGCUCUGCUGCUUCCCGUCCGCCGCGCUGGGGGCGGAGGAGAGCCGCGCCAAGCGCUUUGGUCUCCCCAUCCUGGAGGGCAGCACCAGCGGGUCGGAACACUCCUCCCAACAGAAGGAGGGGCCCGAGACCGGUCCGUUGGCCGGGAACGGCACCCCCAAAACGAGCAAGGCGUUCGUGCCAAAAAAUGCCUCUUGA